AUGAGUUCGCGCGACAACUAUACCUUCGCCAACCACUCGUCCAUCCCAGCCAACCUCGGACCGAAGCUCUCAGCGUUUAUCCGCUCCUGGGACGACACGCACUCACAGGAAAACAGAUAUCUCAGCCUCUCCGCUCCGGACGGAGAACUGGUUUUUGGGCCCACGUCAGCCAAAGGGCGCGAUGCCAUCCGCGCAUUGAGAGACGCCAUGAUUCAUCCGACGAACGGCCCCGUCGUCAACCUCCAACACACGCUGGGAAAGUGUUUCGUGCUCGCUGGCGGAGGUGCUGAGCAUGAGGGACGACAGGAGAUCAUUGUCAACGGGUCGAUCUGGUACGAGCUGAAGAACGGACGUCGCGUGUAUGCGGAUUUUGCCAGCUUCAUGGUCUUUGUGGACACCGGGCACGGAGAGCUUCAGGCCGCAUUCUACGAGGUGUAUCUUGACUCGUUGGGGUGGAUGACUGCGAUCAAGGAGAUGGAUGAGUAA